AUGCAACCACCAGUGAAUAAUGAUAGACCAAAUGGUACGUCUCAGGUUCACCAACCUGGGCCUGAGACGGAACCAGUGGCUGUCGUGGGCCUCUCUCUGCGAUUCCCCGAGGAGGCUACCUGCCCCGAGAAAUUUUGGCAAAUGCUACAAGAGGGAAGGUCAGUGAUGACCGAAGUACCUCCCGACCGAUAUAACAUCAACGGGUUUUAUCACCCCGAUCAUUCUCGGAAUGAUACUAUUAGCGGUCGAGGGGCACAUUUCAUGAAGGGGAAUGUUGCAGCCUUCGACGCUCCGUUCUUUUCCAUGAGUCCCUCAGAGGUAGUAAGCAUGGAUCCACAGCAACGCCUGUUACUGGAAACGACGUACAGGGCCCUUGAGAAUGCUGGGAUUCCGAUGGAGAACGCUGCAGGCUCAAAAACAUCCGUUUAUGUUGGAGCGCUUGGCGUGGAUUACGGUCGCUUCUUUGAAGCUGAUGAAGAAGUACUGGCGACCUACAGGGCUACUGGUACUAACGGCGCAAUUCUGUCAAAUCGACUGAGCUGGUUUUACGAUUUGAGAGGACCAAGCAUGACGAUUGAAACAGCAUGCUCGGGUAGCUUGAUUGCCCUGCACCUCGCGUGCCAAAGUAUCCGCAACAAGGAAUCGAAAAUGAGUCUCGUUUGCGGGUCGCAGCUACAUCUCGAGCCAAUGACGAGCGCCAUAUCCCUGUCAACGUUGAAGUUUAUGUCACCUGACAGUCUCUGCCAUAGUUUCGAUGAGCGCGCCAAUGGAUAUGUCAAAGGCGAGGGGUUUGGUGUACUAGUCCUGAAGCCGCUUAGCGACGCUCUCGAGAACGGCGAUGUGAUUCGGGCUGUGAUCCGCGGAUCCGCGACGAACCAGGAUGGUCGCACGGCCGGCAUCUCACAGCCGAGCGGGGCGGCGCAGGAGAGUGUGAUCCGUGAGGCUUACCGGGACGCAGGUAUUGGUCUCACCGAGACUCGGCUGUUUGAGGCUCACGCUCCCGGAACCACACUGGGUGACCCGAUCGAGGCCGGUGCCAUUAAAUCGGUCUUCCAGGAGCAUCGCAGCCCUGAAGAUCCAUUGCACAUAGGCGCUGUGAAGGCCAAUAUAGGUCACCUGGAGGCCACGGCAGGCAUUGCUAGUGUGAUCAAGACAAUCCUUUGCCUCGAAAGGGGCGUUAUUCCUCCGAUCGCAGGGCUCCACAACCUUAACCCAAAGAUUGCGGCGAAGGAAUGGAAUCUGAAAUUCCCCACUGCAGCUCUGCCCUGGCCCACCGAGGGUCUUCGAAGGGCGUCCGUUAACGCCUUUGGGUACGGAGGCGCAAAUGCGCAUGCCGUCCUGGACGAUGCGUACAAUUACCUGCGUGAACACGGUCUCGAGGGGCAGCAUGCGACUGUUACAAAGCCCCCAAUCAUCGGAUCGACUGGCACUGGCCUGUCUAACGGCCACUCGAACGGCCACUUGAACGGCCACUUGAACGGCCACUUGAACGGCCACUCGAACGGCCACUCGAACGGUCACUCGAACGGUCACUCGAACGGUCACUCGAACGGUCAUGUAAAUGGCGGCUCCAACGGGUUCUACGCACACAAGGCCGGUGAUGUUGCGAAAGCCCCUUACAUUUUCGUUUGGUCGGCCUCCGAUUCCGGUGGAAUCGAGAGACUUGCUUCUGUUUACAAGGAACACCUCUCGGAGUUGGACACUGAUAGAACCUCUGCCGACUAUCUGCGCGAUCUCGCGUACACUCUUUCAAACAGGCGAAGCCUAUUGCCAUGGAAGUCAUCCGUGGUGGCUGAGUCAUUAGAAGACCUGAAGGCGAAGUUGGAAAACAUUCCGAAACCCACGCGCUCUUCGAUCGGGCCGAAAUUGCAAUUUGUCUUCACCGGCCAAGGUGCACAGUGGGCAAGGAUGGGGAUUGAGCUAUUAGCGAUUCCCGAGUUCAAGGACUCUAUCCAGCAAGCAGAUUCUCAUAUAAAGGGUCUGGGUAGUCCGUGGUCGAUCAUUGAGGAGCUGCAGAAGCCAACGGAAAGCUCGAGGGUUGAUAAUCCUGCCUUAGCGCAGCCUCUGUCCACCGCCCUGCAGAUUGCGCUCGUUGAGCUCCUUGGUACUUGGGGUAUCGCUCCGUGGGGUGUUGUAGGUCAUUCAUCGGGGGAGAUUGCGGCCGCCUUCUGUGCCGGGGCCAUUUCACGAGAAUCAGCCUGGACCAUUGCCUACUUCCGAGGACUCCUUGCUGCACGAAUUGCAGAAACACAGACCAAGGACAGAGGGGCCAUGAUGGCUGUUGGAUUGUCCGAGGACAAGCUUCAGCCAUACUUCAAUCAAAUUGCUCUAAUACAUGGAGAAGGAUCUCUAUCUGCGGGCUGCAUCAACAGCGCCAAUAACGUUACCGUGACAGGGCUCGAAAAGUCCAUCGAAGAGCUGAAAGCUCAACUCGACAAUAAGGCAGUGUUUGCCCGCAAGCUGAAGAUUCCGGUCGCCUACCAUUCGUCUCACAUGCAAGCAGUCGCCGAGGAGUACAGGAAUCUGAUACUGGAUAUUUCUCCGCCCAAAGCAACUGUCGCAAAGGGGGCUCACCCUGCUUUCUUUUCGACUGUAAAGGGAAGGCCCGUUCCCAUUCAGGAGCUCUCUCGUCCCGAGUACUGGGUAGCAAAUCUUGUUUCCCCGGUCAGAUUCUCAGAAGCGAUUGGAGAGCUUGCUUUAGCAAGUAGUGAAGAUCGUUCAAAGCAAAACGAGUAUUAUAUCGAGGUUGGGUCACACGCUGCUUUGCAAAGACCCAUCAAGGACAAUGUGCCCGAGUCCGAGAAUUUGAAAUAUAGCUCUACAAUGCGACGAAAUGUUUCUGGAGCAUGGUCUCUAGCGCAGCUCGCUGGUGACCUUUGGGUUGAGGGAUAUCCAGUCAAGGUCGACAUCGUCAACCGCCAAGGAUCGAACAAACCAGCGAACAUGGUUGUAGACCUGCCCGAGUACCCGUUUAACCAUUCGCAAACAUACUGGCUUGAGAGCAGACUGUUCAAAAAUUAUCGGCUCCGCGACCAUAUUCGGCACGAACUUUUUGGUAUUGCCACCAAUGAUUGGAAUCCAUCUGAGCCGAAGUUUAGGUUCACCAUUAGGUCUUCUGACCUUCCUUGGGUACUGGAUCAUAAAUUGAAUGAUUCGAUAGUCUACCCUGCUGGUGGAUUGGCUGUCAUGGCGAUUGAGGCCGCAAGAUACCUUGUUAAACCAGGAGUUGCUGUGAAAGGAUUUCGCUUACGCCAGGUGACUAUUUCGUCACCUCUUGUUGUCCCUGAGACCCCCGAAGGUGUCGAAAGCCAAAUAUUCCUGCGACACCAGAAGAACAGUCGCACCACGGGUCUUCAGUCAAUCGAGUGCAGGGAAUUUAGUAUAUUUGUGCACUCGAAUAAUGAGUGGAGAGAAGUUUGUGCAGGCUCUGUCGUCACUGAAUAUGAAGAGGGUGCUGAAGACGUAUAUUGUGGUGAUGACACGAGCCUAGACCGGAUUCAUUACCAAUCCCUAUAUCAGAAGGCUCUUGAGCGCUGCUCGGCAAACACCACAGAAGCACUUUUCUAUGAGGCAGCACACAAAGCUGGGUUUGAGUUUGGGCCAACUUUCAAUACCCUUCACAAUAUCACCUUCGACCCAGAUAGGUAUCAAGCAACCGCGGUCGUUUCACCGGAUGAAUGGAAAACAAAGGUCUCCGAAAGGAUUGCUGAUAUCCAACCACACGUUAUCCACCCCACCACUCUGGACGGAGUAUUCCAGGUCGGAACUGCUGCAACCACCAAAGGCGGCACAGACAUUGGAUCUUCGUGCGCCCCGACUCAUCUUCGAGACCUUUGGAUUUCGAACGAUCUUCUUUCCCGGACGCCAUCCACCAAGCUUCAGGUCUUCGCCGAGACCACACUGCAAGCAACUCGCGAAACCGACGUUUCUAUAGUUGCUCUGAACUCAGACACGGGAGAGCCAGCUAUCGUAGUAGAUGGCUAUCGACUGACGGCCGUGUCGAUGCUUCAGUACGUGCCGUCCAAGAAACGUAAUAUCUUCUAUCGACAAGACUGGAAACCAGAUGUGGACCUGCUAAACCGUUCGCAAAAAGAGCAAUACUGUUUGCAGAAAGAGAAGAUGCCAGUCGAAUGGGCAACUUCAAAGCAUGUCGUGGUUCUCUACUACCUUUCAAAGAUGCUGGAAGAACUUGACGCACAAGGCUUUAAAACUUCUGUUCCUCAUUUUCAGAAAUAUUUGGCCUGGGUAUGCCGUCACUUUGAGAACCUGGGCGGAAACAGUCCUCUUCUCCAGGAGCCGUGGAAAGGAAUACUCGAAGACGAGACUCGGCGCAUGCACUACCUCGAGGAGUUUACAGCCCAAGGACGGGUGGAGAGGUCUAUCAACGAUUUCUGCAAGCAUCUCACCGGUAUCGUCACAGAAGAAGUUAACCCGUUAGAGCUUCUCUUUAAUCAGGACAUUGCAACCGAUUUUUACUCCGAUGAGAUGUUCAGGGUUUCGGCACGACGAAUGGCUGCCUUUAUCGAUCUCCUAGCGCACAAGAAAUCGAACAUGGACAUUCUCGAGAUUGGCGCCGGAACUGGAAGCGGCACUGAACCCAUCCUAUCCGCUCUUAAAGAGCAAGGCACAAGUGAAGGUGUUACGCCAAGAUACAGCAGCUAUGUUUUCACAGAUAUUUCGCCGAGCUUUUUCGAGAAGGCCCAGGCGCACUUCUCAGAACAUGCCGACCGCAUGACUUUCCAGACACUCGACAUUGAACGCGAUCCGGCAGAGCAGGGGUUCGACCUUGGGAAGUACGAUCUUGUUAUUGCUGUCAAUGUAUUGCACGCAACAAAGUGUGUACGUGACACAUUGCAGCACGCGCGUUCGUUGCUGAAGCCAGGUGGUCAUCUCGUCCUGAUGGAGCCUACUGACAAGGAGGAUCCCUUGCUGAAUGGCAUAUGGGGAACUCUUCCAGGCUGGUGGAGAUCAGAAGAGGAAGACAGAUCCUGGUGUCCUCUGUAUUCUCAGGGCGAAUGGGAUAACCACAUAAAAGAAGCCGGCUACACCGGCCUAGAGGCUGCCAUCACAGCUUUCCCAGGGCCAAGAAACCACAUUCUCAGUAUCCUCGUCACACAAAGACAACUCAAUGAAUCGAGGGAGCCCCAACUUCCGAGGACCCUACUGAUUGCUGCGGAAACAGAGCUUCAGAAAAGGGUGGCCAACGAGAUAUCCUCUCACAUGAGGUUGAAAGGAUUGUCACAUUGCGACAUUGUUACGCCUGACUUGAUUUUCAAACAGACGCUGCGAGCAGACGCCUGCUUAUCAUUGCUGGAUUUCGGGCUUUCGUUCCUAUCAACGAUGAACCAAAGAGAAUUCUCCGUGCUCAAGAGGAUCGUUGGGUCCUCAGAUAAACUGUAUUGGGUGACUUCGGGAGCUGGUGAAACGGCCACAUUGCCAGAGAACGCCAUGAGUGCUGGGUUUAGCCGGGCUGUCAUGCUCGAGCACCCUGGCCUCUACAUGGCAAAUAUUGACGUUGACGAAAACUCUGAAUUUGCCGUAAAUUCAAUUACAGAUCUGCUUGAACAUUCGUUUGGGGUGUCCAAAAUUGAAGACUGGGAGGAUAACUACCGCGAGGACAACGGCAUGAUCUUGAUUCCGCGAGUCGUGGAAGCCAACGACGUCAAUGACCAUGUUUAUCGACAGACCGCCAAACUUGAGAUAGAAAAGCGGAAGGUUGGCAAGGAGCCGACAGAAGCACUGGAGGUGAAGUUCACUCCAGGACAGCUUGACAGUUUCCGGUUCGCCCGGGAUCAAACUCAUAGCCUGCCACUCUUGGAGGACGAGCUGGAAGUUGAAGUCAAGGCCACUCCAAUUAACUUUGCAGACGUGAUGUGUGUGCUAGGACAGGUUGCCUACACAUAUAUUGGUCAUGAGUAUGCUGGAGUUGUCCGAAGAACUGGUUCAGCAGUAAAGGGCAUUGCUCCGGGAGAUCGAGUGUGCGGAAUAGCUCCUGGCACUUUCAGAACUUUUGUGCGGAAUAAGGACUACACAGUUAUCCCUAUCCCAGAACAUCUGGGAUAUGCUGAAGUCUGGCCAGCAGUGUGGUUACCGGCACUGUACGGACUCAGGCACCUCGGACGACUCCGUGAUGGUGAGUCUGUUCUCAUCCAUGCCGCUGCGGGUGCAGUUGGACAGGCAGCUAUUCAAAUAGCCCAAAUGGCUGGUGCAGAUGUCUUCGUCACCGUUAGCACUCCGGCGAAGAAGAAGCUCCUUCAAGACCUAUAUGGAAUCCCCGACAACCGCUUCUUUUCUAGCCGAAAACUGUCGUUUGGUAAACAGAUAAUUCGUGCCACCCAGGGACGCGGCAUCGACGUGAUUCUGAACUCUACCUCUGGAGAGCUACUAGCAGAAACGUUCCGAUGUAUCGCUCCACUUGGGCGAUUUAUCGAGAUCGGAAAGCGAGACAUCCAUACUUUCCAGAGCCUCUCCAUGUCUCCGUUCGCAAAGAACGUCACCUUCUCAUCCCUUGACAUGCAAACGGUUUACUCUCUUUAUCCCACCGUGAUUCGUGAAUUGAUGCAGGAGCUGAAGGAGUUACUUUUUGCGGCUCAGUUGAAACCUCCUCAACCUAUUUCCCAGUUCUCGCGAGGGGAGUUUGAGUCUGCCUUCCGCUACCUCCAGACGGGCACUCACACAGGCAAGACGGUCAUCAAUUGGGAAGCGGAGGCGGAGAUCCCAGUGAUACCCACUCACGAUCCGCACUACUUUUUUGACCCGGAGGCAAGCUACGUGAUUGCUGGCGGCCUGGGUGGCGUCGGUAGGAGUCUCGCUAGAUGGCUUACCACUCGUGGUGCAAAGCACCUCAUCUUAUUAUCACGCUCAGGCGCUGUGUCAGAAGAAGCUAUCAAACUCGUGAGCGAGCUAACUGCAAGUGGUGUCAACGUUGCCACUCCCCCGUGCGACGUUAGCAAGGUGGAUUCGCUAAAAGCGGCCCUCGAUCAAUGUGCCAACACAAUGCCUCCUACGAAAGGAGUUAUCCAGGGCUCUAUGGUGCUCAAGGACCGAUUAUUUGACAACAUGACUAUAGAAGAAUGGCAGGCGGUCAUGGAUCCCAAACUUACUGGCACCUGGAAUCUUCACAAGUUGUUGCCUCAGGAUAUGGACUUCUUCGUCAUUCUGUCCACAUUGGGUGGGAUGGUCGGAUCCAAAGGCCAGUCUCAAUACAAUGCCACGGCCACGUUCCAAGAUGCAUUUGCCAGGCAUCGGUGGUCCCUCGGACAGAAGUGCAUUUCCAUCGACGUCGGCGUCCUCAAAUCAGUGGGGUACGUGGCCGAGCAAGAGAAAGUUGCCAAGCGGUUAGCGAGCAUUGGGUACGAUGCUCUCGACGAGAAAGAGCUUCACAGUGUCGUGGAUUGGGCAUGCGACCCUGCGCGUGAUCCCACUUCCGGCUGGGACACGCAGAUUCUGACGGCCCUUGAUCGGCCAAGCGCUAUGUUGCAGAAGGGCCACGAGUUGAUUCCAUACAUGAAACGACCUAUGUACCGUCACCUUCAACAAACAAGCGGUGCCGCAGCCCAAUCUCCUCAGACUGGGUCGGACGAGCAGGUCGACUAUGAGUCUCUCCUCAAAGCCACUGAAAACGAAGAAGAAGCGGGGAUGGUCAUUGCCACAGAGCUUGGCAAGAGACUUGCGCGGGCUCUCUCUGUUCCCGAAGAAGAUAUCGAUACCACGAAGCCAGCCCACUCCUUUGGUGUUGAUUCCCUUGUUGCCGUCGAACUUCGGUUCUGGUUCCAGAGUGAGAUGAAGGCUGAUGUCUCCGUCUUUGAUAUACUGGAGAAUUUUAGUAUCCAGGAUUUGAGUCGGUUGGCAGCCAGCAAGAGUGAGUACCUGCAGAAGUCAUGA